AUGUCAGAGAGACCAAGAGGAACUUCACAUCUAGUGGGAGGGUUUGUCGGUGGCCUGACUUCAGCAGUGGUGUUGCAACCCUUUGAUUUGCUAAAGACCAGACUUCAACAAAGCAAGAAUAGCAACUUGAUGGACGUCGUGCAUUCUAUCAAAUCCCCGAAACAGCUCUGGAAGGGUACACUGCCAUCCGCUCUGCGAACUUCCGUGGGUAGCGCACUUUUCCUGUCAACUUUGAAUAUCGUCAGGUCGGCUAUUGCAGACAGAAGAGUCCGCGGACUUGCCUCGAAAAACGGUAGUAGCAGUUUUCUCCCUCAAUUGUCAAUGUACGAAAAUCUUCUUUCAGGUGCUAUAACGAGAGCUGCGGUUGGGGUCGCUACAAUGCCAAUUACAGUGCUGAAAGUGCGAUUUGAAUCUACAAUGUACGACUACAGCUCCCUCGGAGAGGCUGCUCGUCAUAUUUAUAAAUCUGAAGGUAUACGAGGGCUCUUCAGUGGUUGCGGUGCUACGAUCCUUCGAGACGCGCCUUAUGCGGGGAUAUACGUUUUGUUCUAUGAGCAAUCUAAAAUGCAAAUACCCAAGAUUUUGCCUUCCGCACUCAUUGUGCGGGACGAUAACGGAUCCUUUUCCACUAAAACGUCCACGAUAGUCAAUUGCUUGGCUGCGUUUUCUUCAGCGAGUCUGGCGACCUCGAUAACAGCACCUUUUGAUACCAUCAAAACUCGGAUGCAACUAAAUCCAUCAAAGUUCCCUAGCUUUGGAAAAACAUUGACAACUAUUCUCAAAAAGGAGCGUCCCAAGAACUUGUUUGAUGGACUGAGCCUGAGGCUUACAAGGAAGGCGCUGAGCGCUGGGAUAGCAUGGGGAAUAUACGAGGAAUUAGUUAAAAAGUUCAUGUAA